UUAAAAAUGAAUUUUAAUGUCUGGAAUGUCAAAGAGAUGCUCAGCAUCCCCUCAGGCUCUGGGCUCACUAAACCGUCUAACUGGAAUAGUAAUCAGACUGACUGUUCUUCUCUCAGUGAUUCCCAGUUCCUCUUUGGAUCUCAGUUCUGUCCUGAAAAUUCAGAAACUCUGUUACCACCCUUGGAUGCUGGCACUUACUUAAGAUACCCAAAACAGACACAACAGAAUUCUGUAGAUAAUGAACCUAGUAUUUUCACAAAAUACCAGGCGAAGCCCCAGUUGUUUGGAGGCGAUACAAAAGGUGAAGGCUUAUUUUCUCUUCCUUUGCCAGUUGGGAAACCAAAAGGACUCUCAAAACAGUUUGAGGAGAAAAAACGAAGGGCAACCGACCAAUCUGACAGUGAGACGCUGCACAACUUCGUUUCUCAUUUUCCAGAAGUCAUCCACAAGUUGCAGACAGCUGUGGAAAAGUCUGAGGACCAUCUCAGCUCUAGAAGCCAGUCUAUUUUAGACUCCGUGGAGACCAUAGCCAAGACCUUUCAAGAGACUGCGAGGGUUCAGCAUGACCUGAUGGUUGAGGUAGUGAAAGACAAAGGCAGCGUGGAGCAGGCCGUCCUUGAGAUACAGAGGGCAUGUGCAGCUAGACAAGCAGAAUUUAUGGAGAUGAAAUCCACCCUGAAGAACCUUGAAGUUUUAGUUGUCCAGCAGAGUAAGGACUUCCAGCAGUUUUGUGAUAAUCUGGGCCAGCUCAUUGUGCCUAGUGUCCUAGGAGAGCUGAAAAAAUUCACCUCUGUUCCUCAAGUGCUUGGGCAUCUGAAAGACAGCGCCUCUCAGACCUCCCCAUCUCUGACCCAGAGCCAUCAUUAUCCCAGGCAGGAACCGUAUCCCUCUGAGGAGCCAGCUACUUGGCAGGGCCAGGAGCCUCCUGCAGGGAAUCCCAGUAGGGGUUCCCAGGGGCCUACAGAGUUCGGUGUCUGGGAUGAAGGAGCAGAGAGCGACGUUUUUCAAAAGGCUACCUUGCCAACAGACAGGCCACACAGAGGCAGUGAGCAUGUGAAGGGCAAGGCCGUGCAGACGUACUGUAAGAACUGGGUUAUGACCUCCAGAAGCCUCAGUAACCACUUCUCUGUCCCAGGCCAGAAGGCCGGCAACGAGCAGGACCUGACUGCCCAAGGCGCCUCCCAGCUGGACUUUAAGUCUGAAGCCACAGUGGAGGAUGUCUGCCCCACAUACGAGGCCCAAAGCAAGUGUGCCCUUGACUCAUUUGAACAGUCAGCAGCUGAACAGAAGGGAGCCAGGACCUGCAGAAAAAGGAGGAGAGGCAAGAAGCAGCAGCCGAGGCGAGCAAAGAGAGGCAGGCUUCUAGCUAGGGUGCAAAAGCAGGCCUCAGGGAAGGCCUGUGCCAUCACGGCCGAGCGUCCCUGUCCCCAGUCUUCAGUUUGUAGCUCACAGGGGCCCCUCAUCUGUUGGCUGCCUCUGAGGAGCUCCACCAAGUCAGCUUGUCAUAUUUUAGGAGGAAGAGGAGAGACCAGUACGACAGCAGGGGCAGUGCAGGGGAACCUCCUGAAGUCUUCCCAGCACUCCUCCACAGACAGCAGUUCCCAGGGGGACCAGCAGAUAAAUUGGUUCAGUGACAUCAGCCUUGAAAACCUAGAGCCUCCUCUGUGUAAGAAGGGAGGGAAGAAUUUGCUCUCUGACCCAGAUUUUGAUAGCAGCGAUGAUGAUUUCUAA